CAAUUCGAUACUAAACUAACCGCAAUCGCCGUUUUAUAGAUGGAUGGAUGGAACGGUCCGUAACCUAAUUAAAAUCAAUCAUUGUCAAAUAUUUAAAUUGUUACUAUUUGCUAUCACCUUUUUGUUAUUUUUAUAUCAUAAUAAAAUAAUAUAUCAUAUAAUAUAUAAUAUAUUAUACACUGUAAAUACGAGAUCAUGUUAUCUUACUCGUUAAAUUAGAUUUCUUUGAUAAAAAAGGCAAUAGAUAUAGAUAAUAAAAUUAUUGGACAAAAACCUUGUAGCAUGUAACAGCUACAAAUCAGUUUAUAACGUUUAAAUAUUUCGAAAAAAUUGUUUUUUAAUGUUAUUUACUUGCAAUAAUAAUCUAAUCUACAAAAUUGAAUUUUAAUUUUAUCAUUAUCUCAAUAUACUUUUUUUUUGUUAUACAAACAUUGGUUUCAAAUAAAAAAUGAAUGCUGAAGAAGAUGUUUGGCGUAUUCAAAAAAAAUUAAAUAAAAUGUCUAGUGGUGAUGGAACGGGGCAAGAACAAGCGUUAGAGUUACUAAAAACCUUACAAAAGUUGCCAGUAAAUUUAGAAUUACUUCAAAAAACACGUAUUGGGAUGACAGUUAAUGCUUUGAGAAAAUCUAGCAAAGAUGAAGAAGUUAUAUCACUUUCAAAAACAUUAAUAAAGAAUUGGAAAAAAUUUUUAUCUGGUACUCAUAAGGAUACCAAGGAUGGAAAUACAUCUUCAAAUAAUAAAAAAAAAGAUGAAAAAUCAGAAAAAAGUAAAGAAGAAUCUGAAUUAAAGAAAGAAAAAGAUGUAUCUGAUAGUAGAGAUACUAAGACAAAUGAUAAGGUUAAUAAAGAUCUUAAUAAGAAACAUUCUUCAUUCCCAUCUUCUACUACAACAGAUGCAGUACGAUUAAAAUGUAGAGAAUUAUUAGCAUCUGCUUUACAAGUUGAGGGCAACACUAUAGAUGGUUGUGCUAGUCCUGAAGAACUAGCUGAAGAACUUGAAGAAGCUAUUUUUGGAGAAUUCAAAAAUACUGAUAACAAGUAUAGAAAUAGAGUACGCAGCAGAGUUGCGAAUUUGCGAGAUUCUAAAAAUCCUACCCUUCGAACUAAUUUCAUUAUUGGGGCUAUUACACCAGGACGCCUAGCUACUAUGACAGCUGAAGAAAUGGCAAGCGAUGAAAUUAAACAAUUAAGGGAACAAUUCAAAAAAGAAGCUAUUAAUGAUGCUCAACUUGCAACGGUGCAAGGAACAAAAACAGAUUUAUUAAAAUGUGGAAAAUGCAAAAAACGUAAUUGUACCUACAAUCAAGUUCAAACUCGAUCAGCCGAUGAACCCAUGACGACUUUUGUUUUAUGUAAUGAAUGCGGAAACCGAUGGAAAUUUUGUUGAAUUUCAUUUAGUAAAUAAACUCAAGGGGCGUAUUAGCGCGCCGAUAGCAAGUAUAAGUAUAUUUAGAUAUACUGCGCCUUUGGAGAGCAUUGUGACCUGAUUGUACCUUAUUUACUUUGAACAAAUCAUUUUUAUCACACAUGCUCUGAUCGUUCCGCACAACCCAACGAUUAUAGCUUAGUUAAACAGCAAAUUGCAUUAUUUAAUGAGGUGAAAAGCUAAAGUAUUUGGUUAUAAGCAAGGGUGUUACGUUAGGAAAAAUAACACAAUUCUGGUCAUAAUCACUGACAGUCCAUAUAACCUCUCCCAUUGUAGCAUUGUGUUUCCCAUUGGUAAAACCUUGCAUUAGUCGGUACUUUAUCUUCGCACCCAUGACAAAAAAAUAGUAUGAGCAACUAGUGCGGUGAUUUUCGAGUCACCCACGCGGGCUCCAUGUUACGGCACCAACCCGCCAAUUUACCCAUUAUACUUAUUCAGAAUACUGUAAAGGGAAAAAUCAAUGUAUGUAUACAUAGAAUAUUUGUUCAAGGUUGAUGCGCUCGCUUCACCCCGGUUUUUUUAUACGAUUCGCAAGUGUUCGGGGAAAGGGAAAAAUAAAGUUUAGGUAGAGCGCUCCGUAGUUUGCAAUAAAUACAGGUAUAAGCUUUGCUUGAAAGUAAGUUAUGCCACCCGGCCCUGGCCGAAAUUAAAACUAAGAAAAACUAAGAAAUGUAAAUUACAGAGACAAAAAAUAUUUGCUUAUAAAAAAUAAGAAAAACUAAGACAUUCUAAGAAAGAUAAAUAAAUAAAUGAGAAAACCUAAGAAUUAUUACACAAUAAUGGACAAAUUUCUUGCUAAUUCUUGAUUUUUCUUAACUUUUCUUAACUUUUCUUAGUUUUUCUUAGUGGUUUUUAGUUUUUAGUAACUUUUCUAGAAUUUCUGCGAAAAAAUUUACAUUAUUAUUAAAAGAAAAAUCCUACCCUGGGUUCGAACCCUUAACUUUUCGGUUCAGAGGCAAGAACUUUAGCUCGGUGCCACGGUUGUAUUGUAAAUAUAAUAUUAUUAUUGUCCUUAUAUUGCAAUCGAACAUUUCUUCCAUUUUUGGAAAAUUGCGAAUCAUCCAAGUUCGAAAGAGCUACUUCCUCUGAAAUAGGUACAAUAAAAAUCGAGGAAAAAAAUUUUAUUUCAAUCUAAUAGUUUUAGUAUAAAUGGAUUAACAAAUAAAUGUUAAGAAAAACUAAGAAAUAUUAAUAAAACAUGAUAAAGUUUAAAAUGAAUGCAUACAAAACUAAGAAAAACAAAGAAAAGCUAAGAAUAUUUAAUUAAUUUGUCCAUUAAUGUAGAGUAAUUCUCAAACGUUCUUCAAAUUUCUUUAGAAUUAUCAAGAAUUAUUUUUAUUUCUUAGUUUUUUUAGUUUUUCUUACUUUUAACUUCUGCCCGGGACUCGUGGAUAAUUUCUAGAUGAUUGACAGCGGGUAAAAUUAAAUUUUGGUAGUGCACUACGAAGUUUUUGUGAUUUAAAACGUAUUUUUUACAAAUAUAAUAUGAAAAGUCUACUGAGAUUUUUCAACGCCUAGGCAUGGUAUACUAAUGUUCGGGGUGAGGUUUUGUACACUACGAAGCGCACUGCAUUCUUUGUAUGCAGAUUACCUAAAAAUCGUGUACGAGAGUCCUGUGAAAACUAUCCAUGAUUUAUCAUCAAAUUUUAUGUCUACGCAUUAAAAAUUACUUAGCAUACUACUA